UGGAUUGAUGGAUGGAUGGAUAGAUGGAUAGAUAGAUAGAUAGAUAGAGAAAUGUAUCAGCCACAGCUACUGGCAGCUGAUCUCAAAUCAACAAUCAGAUCCUGUCCGCUGCUGUGACAUCACAUGAGGGUGACAAUGACAGUUAUGGUCUGUGGCCUUUAUCACACACACUCACACAAACAGUGCCAUAAUGCCGACCACACUGCUUUUUCACAGGAGCUCCAGGGGGUUAACUGCCUUGUUAAAGUACAAUUUCAUGGAAGCAUCUGGUUCAUUAUUUUCUGUAAAGCGAGAAGGAAAUCACGACAAACAUAUUUCUCAUAUCAGAGAUCAUAGCUGAUACUCUGAGCAUACUCUGAAUUCUGAGAAUGUUGAAAAGCAGCAUACUCUGACAUGAGUGGAAGCUAGGUCAUCAGUCACGGCAGUAAAAAACCAGUUUCUCUACAUUUCUGUGUAAACAAGUCAAGUGGGUCAGAUCCUCCCACUGUCAGCUCUAGCCCUGCGUGCAUCGACUGCUCAUGCCUGAAACACACACUGAAGUCCAUGUCCGCAUUGCUGCAACUUUCGCUUUACCUUCAUGCGCUGUCAGUAAUCAAUGCCGAUCCCAGGGACGAGUCCUGUUUAUAUGUAGGAUUGGAGCCACAGUGUUGUUGGUGGCCAGUUUUAAGCCUCUGUACUCAUGGAGUCCUGCAACAGGAGCCCUGGGGAGUUCAGGGAUUUCAAGAAGGGUGACUUUGAAGUGAACUGGAUCAAACUCGCCGAAUGCACAUUUGGUCAGCUUUACCAGGUCAAGCUCAAACUCUGGCGGGAAAAAUGUGUCCUCAAGUGCUUCGACACAACCUUGUAUGGAACCAAUAUUUACAGGAGAAUAGUAGAAGCGGCGUCCGUCAUUUCCAAAGUGAAAUUCAAGUACAUUUUAUCCAUGUACGGACUUUGCAGCGAGGCGUCUGCCGUGGUGAUGGAGCACAUGAGUCAAGGGUCACUGAACAAUCUUCUGUCCAGUCACACGUUGAUGUGGCCAAAGAAGUUCCAGAUGAUUUACGAGACAUCCAUGGGCAUGAAUUUCCUCCACACCAUGAAGCCCCCACUGCUCCACCUCAACCUCAAGACGUCCAACAUCCUGUUGGAUGAUCAUCUCCACGUCAGGAUUUCAGAUUUUGGUUUGAUCCACUGGGAGGAGGGCACAAGCAAGAAGACGUUACUGGAGCAUUUGACGGCCAGAGGAAACAUAAAUUACAUUCCUCCAGAGUUGUUCACCCAGUCUUCUGAUGCUCCUGGAACACCCUUGGAUGUUUACAGCUUUGCCAUUGUGAUGUGGGAAAUUCUGACACAGCAGAAACCAUAUCCAGGAUGCAGUGUGACUACGGUGAUCCUGCAGGUGUCACAUGGGAAGAGACCCAGUAUGGAGAUGUUGCCUGAUGAGAAGCCCCCUGAGUGCGGGCCUCUGAUCGGCAUCAUGCAGCAGUGCUGGGAUCAGGAUCACAGGAAAAGGCCACACUUUGCAGAGACUGUGAUGAAGACGGAGGCUUUGAACGAGGUCCUGAAGAUCCCAGGUCCAGUCCACUGUCCCAAAAUCGUCGAUAAGCAUCUGGCACCUGAUUACUCCUUGCUGGUUCCACCAAUUCAUAAAAUUGUUUUUCCUCAGAUGUCUAGCGGUCUCUCAGCUGACCAGACCAAGGACAACAUCCUCGGCCUUUUGUCCAGGAAGGACUUUGGUAGUUUCAGACAGUCUCUGAGGAAGGAACACGUGUACAAAGAGUUCUCAGGGAAAAAGCGCCUCCUUCACUUCACCGUGGCCAGUGGUGAUAUACAGAGUGUGGAGCACGUCCUGAGUCUGGGUGCUGACGUCAACUGCAUGACGGCCAGAGGUUACACGCCUCUAAUUAUUGCUGUUCUGCACAGGCUCCAUGACAUCGUCUCCCUACUAAUGGAACACGGUGCCUUGGUCACUCAGGGGGACGAAGACGAGUGGACACCGAUACAUUUUGCUGCUCAGAAUGGAGAUGACAGGACUCUGCGCCUCCUUCUGGACAACGGCGCUGUGGCUGAUGCCCGGGAAAAGAGCGGCUGGACGCCACUCCAUCUGGCCUGCCAGAACGGCCAUGAAUCAGCGGUGCGUCUGCUGCUUACACGGCUGUCACAGGAAGCUUUGGGGGAGCAGGAGGAAACACGGGGGAGGACAGCACUUCACCUGGCUUCUUCUUACGGACAUCUAAAUAUUGUGAAGUUGCUCCUCUCCCAGGGAGCAGAUGCCAAUGUUAGCGACCACUCGCUCUGCACUCCUCUUCACUUGUCAGCUGAGGAAGGCCAUUUCAGAGUGGUGAGGCAGUUGGUGAAGAGCGGCGCGAGUACCAACAGUGCAGACAGCAGGGGACUCACUGCACUUCACCUGUCUGCCCUGAAGAGCCAUACAGGCAUAUGCAGACAGCUGCUGUCCGCGGGAUCAGACCCAGAGUCUCGGACUCUCCAAGGGUGGACCGCAAUGCACCUGGCUGCCCUGAGGGGUCAUGAAGGCACCGUGGCUCAGCUGGAGAAGCAAGGUGGUUCUGUGAACACUGCAGGUGAGAACGGAUGGACACCACUCCAUCUGGCCUGCUACCAGAACAAACCAGAGGUGGUUGAAAAACUUCUGGCAGCCAGAGCUGACCCCAACAUUAGUGAGGAGAGCGAGGGAUGGACACCUUUACACGUCGCCUGCAUGAGUGUGAGUUUACCGUGUGUUCUUCAUUUGAUAACGCACAAGGCUGACGUCAAUGCAGUAAACCUGGGCAAGGCCACACCUUUACACAUAGCUGCACGGCACGGCUGUGCGCCCAUCGUAAAAGCGUUGCUGCUCAAUGGAGCGGACAAGAGACGGGAGGAUUCCACUGGAUUCACAGCUCUGUCUGUGGCUCAGAGCUGUGGCAACUGGGAAAUCGUACAACUUCUCCUGGAAUAGGAAUUAUCCGUGUGAAUUGAGUUUUGGUAAAGUGUUCUUCAUGAAAGUAUUACAGUGGCCUGAAAACAGUCAGUGCAGUGGCUGCAACACCAUCUCCAUUUUCAGUGGGGAUUAAAAAGUAGAUUCAAGUGAGAUGUGGGAAAUAUUCAGUGUGCUGUUGAAAUGAGCUUAGUCUUCACUCUGUUUAUCUUCUGUGCUCACAGCGCGGUUGUUAAUGUGUCAAAGUUUUAUUUCAUGAAAGUUGGACAUUCUUUUUCUCUGUAUAUUUUGGUCCAUUUUUGAAAGAUAAACACCAGUAAUUAACACAGAUACAAUCAGUUCCUUUAAUUGAGUGAGGAGAUGAAUUUGACCCCGGGGUCAUCCUGCCUGUUUCACUGCUACCGUUUUUUUCUCUCUCUUCUUGUCUUUGGUUAAUGUGUGUUAUAUAAAGUGUGCAUGAGAUUGACUGCUAACCUACUGAUGCUCUGAACAUAAGAUGCUGGACUCACCUGCUGCUGGAAACCUGCCUGAAUGUCACUCGACUAGACUUCCAGUGACUGUUUUAUUUAUUUAUUUUUGUUUGUUUUUUUAAAUACAACCUCAAAUCUUG